CUCUUUCUUCGAACAAUCGUGAAUGCUUGCUUGCUUUUUGAUUCAUUUUCCUCUGAAAAAAGUUUUCUGAAUUUCCUUCGAUUUCGAUACGAUUUCCGCUUCAUUUCUAGGGUCCGAUUUGAAGGUUUUUUUUUUUUUUUGGUGGUGAUCUGAAGGUUUUGUUGUGAAAUUCAUUCGGACCUGUUGUAUUUUAGUUCUGCAUGCAUGUAGUUUUUCUUCGAAAACGGAAUCUGAUUUCGCUAAUGGUGCUUGAUGUGUCUGUAUGGUGAUGAUACUACUUUUACUCUCGGAUCUGUGCGAUCCAGUUGAAAACAUAUGUUUGUUAUGAGAUUUAUCAGCGUGUGGGUUUCUUCGAAAUUUUUUUUUUUUAAUUUUUUCCUCUUGGUGGUUUUUAUGGGGGCCGUUUCUUGCUAUGGUUUCUGGGUUUGGUGGUGGUGGCAAUCUGCAUGGAUUGAUGGUGGGUUUUUCUUCAAUUUUUUGUUUUGGGAUUGUUGUUGUGAUUUGCUGGGGGUGGCUGGUGGUGUAGCAGUGAUUUGGGUCCGUGUAGUGUGUUGUAAAAUGGGAGAGUGUGAGUGUGAGUGUUGAGUAAGAAUGCUGAAGUUCCUAUCAAGGGUUCGGAUCGAGUUCAAUGCCUUGGACCCACGCACAGCCUCGUGCAUGGAAUUCUUGGCACAGUGCAACGCUUCCAAGGCCAAAGAGUCCAACCCUGCUUGUCAAAUCCAAGUCAAACGCCGAACCGACGACCACCUUCCCCAAAUCACCGUCACUUUUGUCAACGGAGUCGAAGAGGUUUACGAUGCCACAUCUACACCGGCCCAGACCAUAAGGACUAUGAUUCUCGAUAAGGGUCAGUUCCUCGAGACCGAGCAAAUGUUCCGUGAAGCUGGUGAGGCUUGGCCUGUUUUUGUCCCCGAAGAGGAGCUCCGCCAGCACGCGCCUGGCACCAAGCCGAGGAAAGCAGAAGAGAAGAAGCAGUAAGUGUAUCUUAUCUGAUAUACAUAUAGCUUGGGAUCAUCAUGGAUGGUGGGUAGUUAGAUUUUGCUUCACAGAACAUUUCAUUUUUGGAAAGAAAAUGCCAUGUCAGACAUGAUGUUGAACCAUUCUUUUGGAUUGUGCUGCUAGCAUGUUUGUUCUGCUUCAUCGUGGAUGCAUCGGGUGAAUCACUGUGAUUUAAUUGAAUCCUCGCUGUAUGAGUUGUGGAUGUUUGGAAGUCUUUUGCUCCUUCGAUUCAUCCUUUUAUUAUGGUCAUAAAAGAAAGAGUUA